AUGAAAGGUGGUAGUGAUGAGAGGAUGAAAGGGGGUAAGGGGAUGAAGUCUAUGUGGGAGGGCAAAAUGGGAAAGAAUAAGGUAAUGGUAUGUAAUGUUAGGAUGAAGAUGUGGAUCAUGAGGGCAAUCACACUAUUGUUGUUGUGGACAUGCACUGCACAGCUGACAGCAAUUGGAGAAGUUUGGGGUUCUAAGCUGCUCAACAGUUGGCCUUCUCAAGUUAACAUAUCUGAUCUUCAUGUCCACCAAAAACCAUUUCUUCCUGCAAAUAGAGUCUACAAGAACAAUGGCUACCUUAUGGUUUCUUGUAAUGGUGGGCUCAAUCAAAUGCGGGCAGCGGUGAGUUCAGUUCCUGCAGACUGUAUAUGUGACAUGGUUGCUGUUGCGCGGUACUUGAAUGUGACUCUUAUCAUCCCCGAAUUGGACAAGACUUCGUUCUGGGCUGAUCCAAGUGAUUUUCAGGACAUCUUUGACGUUGAUCAUUUCAUCGAGUCCUUGAGGGAUGAGGUUCGGGUGUUGAGAGAGCUCCCCACGAGACUCAAGCAGAGAGUAUACGAGCUGCAGCCUCUGAGUUGGUCUAACCUUUCCUACUACCAUGAUCAGAUUCUUCCUCUGAUCCGGAAGUAUGAAGUUGUACGGUUCAAUAGAACUGAUGCGCGCCUGGCCAACAAUGGGUUACUUCUGGGGAUUCAGAAGCUGCGCUGCAAAGUGAAUUUCAGUGCCUUGAGGUUCACUUCCCAUAUAGAAGAACUAGCUCACAAAGUUAUCAAGAGCCUGAGGCAAAACGGUCCUUAUCUCGCCCUCCAUCUUAGAUACGAAAUGGAUAUGUUAGCCUUUUCAGGGUGCACACAUGGCUGCAGUGAGGAAGAGGCAGAAGAACUGAGAAGAAUGAGAUAUGCCAAUCGCUGGUGGAAGGAGAAAGUGAUCAAUUCUGUACCGAAAAGGAAGAAAGGGUUGUGCCCAUUGACACCUGAAGAAACUGCUCUGGCGCUGAAAGCCUUGGGAAUCGAUCGCAAUUUUCAGAUAUACAUAGCUGCUGGAGAAAUAUAUGGUGGAGAAAGAAGAAUGAGGAAUCUGUCAGCAGCAUUUCCAAAUAUGGUGAAGAAAGAGAGCCUGCUGGGACCUUCGGCACUGAAGUUUUUCCAGGGCCAUUUAUCACAGAUGGCAGCAUUAGAUUACCUUGUCUCUUUAGAGAGUGAUAUCUUCGUUCCAACGUAUGCUGGAAACAUGGCUAGAGUUGUUGAAGGCCACCGCAGAUACUUGGGUUUCAGGAAGACUAUUGUACUGGACAGAAAAGUUAUAGUUCAUUUGACAGACCAAUAUAACGCUGGCAAUAUAACCUGGGAUAAGUUUUCAAAUAGCAUGAAGGAAACUCACAGAAACAGGAUGGGGAAACCAAAAACUCGACUCGUGAUUACUGAGAAACCAAAGGAAGAGGACAACUUUUAUGCCAAUCCACAAGAGUGCUAUUCACAUAUUCUUAGCUAA